CUCGCGAGGCAGAUGGAGGCAGAGGUUGACCGCUCGCUGAAAUCCAUCAGCUGUUUCACGCUUUCAAUGCCAGCGCGAGCACGCUGGAAACGAGUAGGUCGUUGUGUUCUUUGCUUUCAUUUUCAUUGCCUAUAGAAUGAAAAUCCUUUGUGUUAUCUGUCAAGACCUAUUAUCAUCGUCCGAAGACACCAUUUUCACUUGUUGCGGACAUGUAUUUCAUCACCGUUGUCUGUUACAGUGGCUCGAAAGAUCAAAGACCUGUCCGCAAUGUCGUAACAAAGUGACGGUAGAUAAAAUCCAUAAGGCUCAUUUUACAGUUUCAAAUACCGAGAUUGCCACGGAUAAUACAGACAAUUUAACCCUGCAAGGGAGAAUAGACAGUUUGAAAUUUCAAAUUUUACUGAAUGAAAAGAAUAUCAAGCAUUAUACUUCAAAAAAUAUAAUUCUGGAGAAACAGAAUUCUGGCCUUAGACAGGAAGUACGAAAAGUAGAAAGCGAAAUUAAACAGAAAAACUCAAUUAUCUAUGCUUUAAAAGAACAGAUAAACUUUUUCAAAGAGAAUUAUCAAGAGUGUGAUGUUCUCAAACAGAAGCUGUCUCAGAAAGAAAAAGAGGUGGAGCAAUUCCGAGAUAUGCAUAGAACAUUGUCAACAAGUACACUUGAGGAUGUCCAGAAACUGGUCAAAAAAACAACUGAUCAUAAUAUUUUAAUUAAUUAUAUUUCCAUGAUGAAAAAGAUAAUGUUAAAGAAAACAAAAAAAAUAGAAAAUCUUAAAGGUCAGCUUAUGAGGCAUCAGCAGUCCUUAGAAGAAAAAAAUAUGGAGAUGCAUUUUGCAUUUUGCAAAAGUGAAAAUUUAGCUCUACAACAGCGAGUUAAAGAACUAGAAAAAUUGCUUACAUUAAAUCAAAACUAUGUUCCUAAAUCUAGCAAUCGACGAAGCUACAAUGAAAACUCUUUGAUAAAGACAAAUAUUUAUAAUCAGCAAAUUAACACAAAACGGGAAACUACAAAUCCAAAUAAUUCGUCGACUUCAGAGGCAGAAGUUGAAAUCAUUAUUGAUACAAACCAGGAAAACUCUAUGUCUAAUUCUACACUCAACGAAUGUCCAACUGAUAAAAAAAAAGUGAGAUUAUGUUUGCAAUCAGGUAACAGUAGCGAGAAGACAAAUUAUGUGAUUAAGGACAAUGUUAAGAAUACCGCAGCGAUAAGUUUACAAUUAAAUGUUAAAACUUCAAUAAAAAAAAAAUAAAAUAUCUUUCAUGGUGUGCUAUCAUCCUUAAAUUAAGCGUUUUUAUAUA